AUGCCGCAGAGGAAGAAACAAACGACGGACUUCUGUUUACCGCAAUGGUCAACGAAAGACAGGCUAUUAGCAGAUCCAAAGUUCGCCUAUCCAGGCAAAAUAGAUAUUUUACUGGGAUCACGCGAUUACAGCAACAUAAUAAAGCCUGGCUUAGAGAAGAAGAAUGGUUUCAUAUGCCAGGAAACAGAAUUUGGGGAAAUAAUAUCAGGGGGAUGUUCUCCAACGAAAUCACCUAUCCAAUGCAUGGUAGUCGAAGCGGCAGACAUCAGCAACUUACACAAGUUUUGGGAAUUAGAAGAGAUCAAAGACGAAAAGAAGAUUCUAUCAGACGAUGAUAACUAUUUCGAAGAACACUACAACAAGACAACAACGCGAAAUCCUGAUGGUACUUACACAGUCAACCUACCAUUCAAGGAAUACCCCCCGCAACUUGGAGAUUCAAAACAAAGAGCAGUCGCAAGAUUCCUGCAGGUAGAAAAACGUUUAAAACAAGAUUCAAAACUACAAGAAUUAUAUCAUGCAUUUAUGAGGGAAUACCUGGAGCUAGGUCAUAUGAAGAAAUGCAGCAAAGAGGAUGAAGUCAAAACAGCAUACUACAUCCCACAUCAUGCCGUGCUCAAGGAAUCAAGCAGCACCACUAAGCUACGAGUAGUUUUCGAUGCAAGCUGCAAAACAAGCAAUGGCAGUAGCCUGAAUGAUAAAUUACAUACAGGGCCGCAACUACAACAGAAUAUAAUCGACAUUUUGCUCCGAUGGAGAAACCAUUAA